AUGAAGCUCCUCGUGACCGCCACCGGUCGUCCGGCGUUGGCUGCGCGCUGCGCCACUAGCCUAUGCAGGGCGUCUGGACCUGCACGUUUUCUACACAGUUCACGCCCACUUCUCGUACAGUCUUUCGACGACUCGGGCAUGCCGCGACUGCAAGACACGCCUGCGAAUUUGGGCGUGCUCAUUGUGCCGCAGCAGCGCGCGUGGGUCGUCGAGCGCUUUGGCAAGUUCCACGACGUGCUGACGCCUGGUCUGCACUUCCUCAUUCCGUUGGUGGACCGUAUCGCCUACGUGCACUCGCUCAAGGAAGAAGCGAUCAAGAUCCCGGGUCAGACGGCCAUUACGCGGGACAAUGUGACGAUCAGCAUUGACGGCGUGCUGUACGUGAAGAUUAUUGAGCCGUACAAUGCCAGCUACGGAGUCGAAGAUCCGCUCUAUGCGGUCACGCAACUCGCGCAGACGACGAUGCGGUCGGAGCUCGGGAAAAUCACGUUGGACAAGACGUUUGAAGAGCGCGAGUCGCUCAACUUGAGCAUUGUCGAAGCGAUCAACCAGGCGUCCGAGGCCUGGGGGAUCAAGUGUCUGCGAUACGAGAUUCGUGACAUUUCUCCACCUCGCAGCGUGAAAGCUGCCAUGGAUAUGCAGGCGGAGGCCGAGCGUCGGAAACGAGCCGAGAUCCUGGACUCGGAGGGUGAGCGCCAGGCGUACAUUAAUGUAGCUGAGGGCAAGAAACGUGCUGCAGUCUUGGAAGCAGAAGGAGCAGCUGCGGCUAUUCUGGCAAAGGCAAAAGCGUCAGCUGAAGCGAUUCAGCGGCUCUCGAGUGUUAUCCAGGAGACUGGUGGUCGCGACGCAGUGGCACUCCAGGUGGCGGAAAAGUAUGUGGACGCGUUUGGUAACAUUGCCAAGGAAGGCACGACUGUGCUGCUGCCGUCCAACGUGAAUGACCCUUCAAGUAUGGUUGCAUCGGCUCUGUCUAUUUUCGGCAAUAUCCAGAAACAAAACAGCAAGGAAGCUGCUCGUCUUACGGACAAGUCGAAUCAACAAGGUGCUGAAGGAAAGCUCGGCGAGUACACAUUGGACAGCGUCGACAUGGACUCGGCCAAGGACUAG